CGAGAUAGGAAGGGAGUCGCAUUCUUAGUUAAGAAAGCUUCAGCUUAGCUUAGCAAGAGAGAGAAAGAGAAGCAGGAAGAGAGAAAAGGAGGAAGAAGAUGGGUCUCAAGGUCUAUGGCAUGCCCAUGUCCCCAUGCACAGCUACGGUGCUCGCCUUACUUGCCGAGAAGGGCCUUGACUAUGAGCUCGUCCCUAUCAAUGUCCGCGCCGGGCAACACAAGCAGCCCUCUUUCCUCGCCCUCAAUCCAUUCGGCCAGAUCCCGGCAUUGAAAGACGGCGACCUCCAACUGUUUGAGUCAAGGGCAAUCACCAAGUACAUCUCAUACAAAUACAAGGACAUGGGGCCAGACUUCAUGAGGACGGACCCAGCUGAGGUUGCCGGAGUAGCAGCGUGGAUGGAGGCUGAGGCUCACCACUACCACCCAGCCAUAGGCCCCCUCGUCUUCGAGUGCAUCUUCAAGCAGAUGUUUGGCGGGGCGCCGGAUGAGGCCGUGGUCGCAGCCCAGGCCGAGAAGCUCGGCAAGGUGCUCGACGUCUAUGAGGAGACCCUGUCCAAGAGGAAGUACUUGGCCGGCGACUUCUUCUCCCUGGCCGACCUGCACCACCUGCCCUACACUCACUACCUCAUGUGCACCCCUCAUGCCUCCCUCAUCACUUCGCGCAAGCAUGUCAAUGCCUGGUGGGAGGACAUCUCUUCUCGCCCGGCCUGGCAGAAGGUUGCAGCCAACAUGAGGUUCAACUGAGAAGGAAGAAGGAGAAGAAGAAGAAGAAUGGUGCUGUGUUCCAAGACUUUUUUCUUCAUUUUGGUUGGGGGUAUCAAUAGUUUGAGGUUUGAUUAGGGUUGCUUUGAAUAAUUGGUCGCUUGAUUAUGGUUUCGAGGUCACUUAGUUGUGACUUUUGUUUGUUGGAAGGAGUCCUCUUCAUGCGUUCUUAAUCUUUGUUCCUACAUCCGGGAAAUUAGCUUUUCCUAUAUGUGGUGUUUGAUAUAUAUCAUUUUCUCCCAUUA